AUGGCCGGAGGAGCAGCGAUGCUCGUUAACGUCGGAACGGUUAUAAUGGCCGUUUUGACCCUGGCUAGUUUGGUCGGAGGCUUCGGUGUGAAUUGGGGCAACAUCGCAUCGCAUCCGUUGAAUCCUGAUAUUGUUGUUAGGAUGCUUAAGGAGAAUAAGAUCAAUAAAGUCAAACUCUUUGACGCCGAUUCAUGGACGAUGAAUGCUUUGGCCGGUACGGGCAUGGAAGUUAUGGUUGGAAUCCCUAAUAACCUUCUUGAAACUCUAGCCGAUGAUUACGAUAAUGCUAAAGAUUGGGUUAAAGAAAAUGUCACGGCUUACAUGCGCAAGGGUGGCGUCGACAUCAAGUACGUGGCCGUGGGGAACGAGCCGUUCUUGUCUGCAUACAAUGGAUCGUUCUUGAAGACAACAUUUCCCGCUUUAAAGAACAUUCACAGGGCGUUAAAAGAAGCUGGACAUACCGAUAAAAUGAAAGCCACGAUCCCACAAAACGCGGAAGUUUACCAAUCAGCAAACGAUAAGCCAUCAGAAGGCGAUUUCCGUAGCGACGUUAAGCAAACGAUGCUCGAUAUUGUGAACUUCUUCCAUGAUAACGACUUGCCUUUCACCGUCAACAUUUACCCGUUCCUUAGUCUUUACCUAAACGAGCAUUUUCCAGUCGAAUUCGCUUUUCUAGACGGUGAUGGUCAGACGAUUACCGAUAAUGGAAAGAAUUACGAUAAUGUGUUUGAUGCGAAUUACGACACGCUUGUUUAUUCGUUGAGGAAAGCCGGGAUUAAAGAUAUGAAGAUCAUCGUUGGGGAGGUUGGAUGGCCAACGGAUGGUCAUAAAUACGCGACGCCGAAGCUAGCAGAGAAAUUCUAUGCAGGGCUUAUGAAAAGACUAGCCGAAGAUGGUGGGACUCCAUCGAGACCUGAGAGGUUAGAGGUUUAUCUCUUUGGUUUGCUCGACGAAGACAUGAAGAGUAUUCUUCCUGGUCCAUUUGAGAGACAUUGGGGAAUCUUUAGAUACGAUGGAACACCGAAGUUUAUGCUAGAUUUCACUGGACAAGGGCGCAAGAUGGUGCCAGUGGCAGCGAAAGGUGUGCAAUACUUAGAAAAACAAUGGUGCGUAGUGAACAAAGACACGGUAAAUCUAGAUGAAGUUGGUCCGGACCUAGACUAUGCGUGUUACCACGGGGACUGCACCGCGAUGGAAGGCGGUUCAACGUGUAGUAAGCUAGACAAAAUCCAAAACAUAUCAUACGCAUUUAACAUGUAUUUUCAGAUUCAGGACCAAGACGUUAGGGCUUGUGAUUUCAAAGGAGCUGCUAUGAUUACUAAGACCAAUGCAUCAGUGGGAAGUUGCUUGUUCCCUGUUCAGAUCGUUAGUGGAAGUGACGAUUUCAGGAUCAAGUUUGUGUUUGGAAGACUCGUUGUUUUUGGACUUGUUCUUCUUGGAUUAGUCACGGCUAUAUAA